AUGCAAGUCGACAUGUCCGACACGGGCCCUCCAGCUAACUCUCCUCUGGGAUCACUCCUAGACGGCAAUCAGAAGACCACCAAGGCCUUCUACUCAGAUUCGCCACUUGCACCGACGAGAAAGCGACAGCGGACUGAGUUUGCCGAUACGACAACCGAGACGAAUCAGAAAGGCGCUGUCGACCGCCGCUUUAGACUUGAAUACUCGAACAUCCAGAAGCUCCCAGCAUCUCUGGCCUCCAAACAACCAGCUCCGCCGAAUCAGUCACGAAGAAUCAAGUCGCAACCGAACGCUGACCAGGCUCUUGUGCGUCAACGCCCCCCUCAGAAGCUUCUUGAGGGUCCAAAUGGCUCCGUCACUGCCUCCAGCAAAGACACCCAACUGGCUUCCGUCGGCAGUAGCCAGGUCAAGGGACGGCCUUCCGAGUCCACGAGUCUGGCGCGCAUGGGUACAUCAGCAUCGCAAGUCGGCAGGCCUGAAUGGCAACCUCCCUGGAAGCUUAUGAGAGUCAUAUCUGGCCACCUUGGCUGGGUGCGGAGUUUGGCUGUCGAGCCUGGGAAUAAAUGGUUCGCCAGCGGUGCCGGAGACAGGACGAUCAAGAUUUGGGACCUCGCAACCGGAUCGCUCCGCCUUACCUUGACUGGGCACAUAUCAACAGUUCGUGGCCUCGCCGUGAGCCCCCGCCACCCAUAUUUGUUCUCCUGCGGCGAAGAUAAGAUGGUCAAGUGCUGGGAUCUCGAGACGAACAAGGUCAUCCGCCACUACCACGGGCAUCUGAGUGGCGUAUACACGCUGUCGCUCCACCCGACUUUGGACGUCUUAGUUACGGGAGGCCGAGACGGAGUCGCGAGAGUAUGGGAUAUGCGGACACGAAGUAACAUUCACGUUCUCUCGGGCCAUACGGGAACUGUAUCAGACGUUAAGUGCCAAGAGGCGGAUCCUCAAGUCAUCACAGGCUCUUUGGAUGCAACGGUGAGGCUAUGGGACUUGGCUGCCGGCAAGACCAUGGGUGUUUUGACACAUCACAAGAAGGGCGUCAGGGCCUUGGCCACCCACCCGCGAGAGUUUACGUUCGCGACUGGUAGUACGGGCAGCAUCAAGCAAUGGAAGUGCCCCGAGGGUGCCUUUAUGCAGAAUUUUGAAGGCCACAACGCCAUCAUCAACACUCUCAGUGUCAACCAGAGUAAUGUGUUGUUUUCGGGUGGCGACAACGGCUCCAUGAGUUUCUGGGACUGGAAGACGGGACAUCGAUUCCAAUCCCUGGAUACUACGGCACAGCCAGGUUCCUUGGACGCAGAGGCUUGUAUCAUGAGCUCGACAUUCGAUCAGUCUGGUCUGCGUCUCAUCUGUGGCGAGGCUGACAAGACAAUCAAAAUCUGGAAGCAGGAUGAAAAGGCGACGCCAGAGACCCACCCCGUAGUGUGGCAGCCAACUCUGGCAAGACGCAAAUAUUAG